UGGCGCUGCACCCGCUAUACCAUUUGAGCGAAAUUUGUUGCCACAAAUUAUAACGUAAACUCAAUUGCCAAAAACAACGAAGGGACCGGCGCCGUCGAGCUUCUGCACAAUCAUGGAAAGCCAAAGUAACGAAUUAAUGGUGGGUAUGUCAACGUUGCCGGUACUGCCUGCGGUGGUGAAGGAGGAGCCUGUGGAGCAAAACAGCUCCAAGCAGGACACCCAACAGCCUCAAGUGCAGGAUGCGGUUUGCAUCGAGGAGGAAUGCAACGACCAGCGUAUCGAGUGCACCACCGAGGGUCAGGAGAGUGAGAUCCGCGCAGUUUUGUCAAAGUGCGUCUUUUGCAACAAGACGUUCACCAUGGGAGACAACCCGAAGCUUCUCGAGUGCUUACACGCAGCAUGCACAAUAUGCGUCAAUAAUAAGAUCAGCGAUCACAAUACGUCGGUCGACGUGGAUGUACUGUUGGAGAGUAACGUCCUUAUGUGUCAUGUUUGCAAUGUGGCCAGCCAAGUGGAAAAUUUGAUCGAGAACAGAUUUUUCUCCAAGCUAUUGGAAGAAGAGAGUGAUCUAGGAUUGGACGAUGAGAGUAAGGAAGCCGAGGAAGAGAAAAAGUGUACCAGCUGCCACGAUAACAUUGUUGCUACCAGUUAUUGCAUGGAGUGCGAAGAAUUUAUCUGCCAGAAUUGUGUUAUGGCUCAUCAAAGAUUGAAGAUAACCAAGGAUCAUAUAAUUAAACCUAAGGAUGAAAUAGCAAAUGAUAGAGAAAAUGUUAAACGAGGAAAUAAGAAGAUACCUGGAUAUUUAUUUUGCACAAUCCAUUCCCACGAACAGUUAUCUGUAUUUUGUCAAGUGUGUGAUAGACUGACCUGCAGAGAUUGUCAACUCAACGAACAUCGUGAUCAUAAAUAUAGUUUUAUUCAUGAAAUUGCAGCAGAAACGCGUACUUCCAUGUCAAUGUUGCUUAAAGAAGUAAGUUACAAACGAGUAUUAUUGAAAAGCGCGAUGAAAGUUAUAGAGGAUAGACAGAUUCUAAUACAGGAGAAGAAAAAAACUCUUGUUCAAGAUAUAACACAAAUGGUCGUACAAUUAACAAAUGCCAUUAAUACAAGAGGGAAGCAGUUGGUAAUGAGAUUGAAUGAAGUGUGUGAUCAAAAGCAGAAUACGUUGAAUGAGAAAAAAAUUGCUUUAGAUCAACUAUCCAGGCUUACGGAUCAUUGUAUACUCUUUGGCACUCAUGCUUUGAAGAAAGGCUCGGACAUGGAAUUAUUAUAUAGUAAAAAAUCUGUUACAAGUCAUUUACAAAGAAUAAAAAGUAGACGAGCCGAUAUCCCAAAUCCUGAGAUACCUGUCAGGAUACAUUUAUCUUUGGAAAAAGUACCAGAUUUAAUAAAAGUGGUGUCAUCAAUUGGGGCAAUAGUCGUCGAUGGUAGAGUAUACCCGUCCUUAUCUCCAAUGGCUAACAAUAACAGCACGGUGACUUACAACGAAUCGCAAGCCGAACCGAAGCAAGCUACGAAUUCGGUAAAUACUCACACGGACAGUAUUGUUCCCGUUGUUAUUCAGCAGGGAUUACCAUUACCUGCAAUGGUAACACAGCAAUCCACUAGCGUGCAACAGAAUUCUUACCCGCAACAAGCACCUCUGCAUCUUCCGCAACAACAACAACAGCAGCAGCAACAGCCGCAACCACAACAACAACAACAACAACAACACGCGCAACAAUCACCAAAUUAUAUGCAACAGUAUAUCGCGCCGCAUAAUAUGUCACCUCGAUCAUCGCCACAAGCGCUUCAGCCACGGGUGCAGUAUUCUGUAAACUAUAGCAACACUAGAUUACAGCAACCUCCGUUGAUGCAUCAACAACGCCCGUUGGGAACCUGUCAUCAGCAGCAAGUAACAUCGUCCACGCAUCCACAUCAGCAAGCUCAGAAUUUGGAUCAGCUUGGACAGAACACAAGUUUACGCGGGCUUCUCGCGCACAAUUCCAUUCCACCGCCUCCUUAUCCGUCGUUCCGGGCAACUGCCAAUCAUACCGUACCGUACCGAUUUUCUCCUGGAUACAGAUAUUCUUCAGGUGGCAAUCCACAGAGAGUCCAAGUACCACCACCCCACACAUAUCAAGCAAAUACAUCCGUUGUACCUGUGACGACACGUUUGCAACAAUGCAAUUUGACUUCCCCAUCAACGCAGCACAUGGGAAAUUAUCCCAUCCAUCGUUGGCACAUACCGCAACAAGCGAAUCCUUGCCUUCCUUAUACCUUGCCUCGACAGCAACAUAUGCCCACUUAUACCCCAGUUCCUACCAAUGAUACAUACAAAAUUACAUUAAGAAAUCAACAAACCGGUAAUAAUCAAAAAUAUAACACCAAUGUAAACGCCAAUUCGUGCGACAAUCCGCCACAGUUGCAGAAUUCAGCCACUGUGUCAUUGCUACAUGCUGUCAGCUCGUCCAUACCCAAAACACCUAGUCCUGUGACCACUCCUGGCAAGUCGGACGACACCGAAAAGAGUUUAGAUAAGUUUUGUCAGAAAUCGUUGAAUGAUCUGAUGCUCACUAUUGCGAAAUUAGAUAGUAAUGGAAUCCUAGUGAUACCAGAAGCUCAAAGAAAUCAGGUAGAUUCGGCACAAGUUGAUAGUUCCACCGACGAGGAUAUAAACUCAAUGGCUGAGAAUACAACGGCGGAGAAUUCGAAAAGCACAACCGCUUCUAUGGUGAUGAAGGACGAUCCAAACGAGGACUGGUGUGCCGUAUGUAUGGACGGGGGAGACGCGGUACUGUGCUGCGACAAAUGUCCAAAAGUCUUCCAUCUUUAUUGUCAUAUACCUAGUUUACAAUCAUUUCCAGAUGCUUCUUUCAGCGAGAGUGAAACUUGGCAGUGUAUGCUAUGUACAAAUGUACUCGAUUGCUCGGACGAUGUAUCGAGCAGUGAAAAAAGGCCAAGCGGUAUGAGCGCGAAGGAAUUGCGAAUUGCACAAAGGAUUGUCUUGGAACUUUAUUGUCAGUAUGAACAGAGCCUACCUUUUCGGGAGGUUGUAUCGAGCGAGAUUACUGAUUAUCAUCGGAUUAUCAAGAAGCCAAUUGCGUUAGACAUAAUCAGGGAUAAAUUGAAAUCGGAUCAUGCGGACCAUUACACAGAUCUGAGACAAGUCAUGGCUGACAUCAGACUCAUGUUUAAAAAUGCUUUUACCUACAAUCCUGUUGAUUCGCAAGUUUACCAAGAGGCUAGAAAUUUAGAAGAGUUUUUUGAGAAAUUGUUAUUGAAAUGGGCACCAAAUUACGCGUAUGACGAUCCCUUUCUCGCACCCGACAAGGAGGAAGACGAGGAAGUUUUUCCACCCAAUAGGAAAUACAGACGCAUAGUUAACGAUUGACAGGAGAUAAGCGAAUUGUCGAGUACACCUCGUCGGAAUUGUUGAGUUUAGGGCUAAAUUAUUUUCACGAUUUUAUAACUGUCGGACUAGACUGCAGUUAAUAAUUUGAUAGAAUGUGAUAAAUACUAUCGAAACUGUCGUAAAAGCCGAUAGCAGAGUGACGUCAAAUGACGUGUUAAUAAUGUCUUAAUGAUAUUAAUAAUGUCUCUAACGUCAACAGUGUGUCAUUAAAACGUAUUUAGACGUCAUCUUGCUAUCUAGGAAGAUUAAUUCCUAGAAAACAUUGCAAAAAAUAAGGUGCAUGAGCGUUCUAUUUUAUUUGAAAUAUUUAUAAUAAAUUUUUCCGGUUGUUUCUCAGUUUCUCGAUUAGAUGGACGGUAUUAAUAUUUCACGAUGACAAAACGAUACUGAAAUGUAACUUUUUCGACAUGUUUCAUUUUUCGAAUAUAUAGAUAUAUUUUAAUAUAAUAAAGUGACGCCGCUCUAGAUUUUUAAUUACAAUCAUAGUAUAUUUUUAGUAUAUUUAAUAUAAUGCUGCUUGAAGUUUUAUCACGUUAGUAACUUCGCAAAAAUGCUUAACAUUAUAUUUGACUAAUAAGGUAAUUAAUUUGUUACCCAACUAUUUGUUGAAUAAGGUUUUCUUCGAUAUUCGUUUUGUCUUUUUACUCAUCGUAAAAAAAUA